ACUUGCGCGUGAGAUUCCGGAAGUGGUGGAGCCAACGGCGCGUCAGACCCGGGGCCAUUCUAGCGUCCGUGCUGCUCUCUAGGGUUGGGCCUUUGUUCGUGAGACAACAGCCUCUUGGUGUCAAGGUUGUCGAACAGAAGAUACAAUCAGAGGAGGCGAACGAACGUGCCACUGAGAAACAGUUCUCUUCUCCAACAUGUACAGAACCAAAGUGGGCUUGAAGGACCGCCAGCAGCUCUACAAGCUGAUCAUUAGCCAGCUGCUCUAUGACGGCUACAUCAGCAUUGCUAAUGGCCUCAUAAAUGAAAUCAAGCCUCAGUCUGUCUGUGCACCCUCCGAGCAGCUCCUGCAUCUCAUCAAACUAGGAAUGGAGAACGAUGACACUGCGGUUCAGUAUGCAAUUGGUCGAUCAGAUACAGUUGCCCCCGGCACCGGUAUUGACCUGGAGUUUGAUGCAGAUGUUCAGACAAUGUCCCCAGAGGCUUCCGAAUAUGAAACAUGCUAUGUCACAUCCCAUAAAGGACCAUGUCGUGUAGCUACCUAUAGUAGAGAUGGGCAGUUGAUAGCUACCGGAUCUGCUGAUGCUUCCAUAAAGAUACUUGACACAGAAAGAAUGUUGGCCAAAAGUGCCAUGCCAAUAGAGGUCAUGAUGAAUGAGACUGCACAGCAGAACAUGGAAAACCACCCAGUCAUUCGCACACUCUAUGAUCACGUGGAUGAAGUCACAUGUCUUGCUUUCCACCCAACAGAACAGAUCCUCGCAUCUGGUUCGAGGGAUUAUACCCUUAAAUUAUUUGAUUAUUCCAAACCAUCUGCAAAAAGAGCCUUCAAAUACAUUCAGGAAGCUGAAAUGUUGCGCUCCAUCUCUUUCCAUCCUUCGGGAGACUUUAUACUUGUUGGAACUCAGCACCCUACUCUUCGCCUUUAUGAUAUCAACACCUUUCAGUGUUUCGUCUCUUGCAAUCCUCAAGAUCAACACACCGAUGCUAUAUGUUCUGUUAAUUACAAUCCCAGUGCCAAUAUGUAUGUAACUGGUAGCAAGGACGGCUGCAUCAAAUUAUGGGAUGGUGUUUCAAAUCGAUGCAUCACAACUUUUGAAAAAGCACAUGACGGAGCUGAAGUCUGUUCUGCCAUUUUUUCCAAAAAUUCUAAAUACAUUCUCUCAAGUGGAAAAGACUCUGUAGCUAAACUUUGGGAAAUAUCAACAGGACGAACACUGGUCAGAUACACAGGUGCGGGUCUGAGUGGACGGCAGGUGCACCGGACACAGGCUGUCUUUAACCACACAGAGGACUAUGUGUUGCUGCCUGACGAAAGGACGAUCAGCCUCUGCUGCUGGGACUCGAGGACAGCCGAGCGGAGGAACCUGCUCUCCUUGGGGCACAACAACAUUGUUCGCUGCAUAGUGCACUCACCCACCAACCCCGGAUUUAUGACGUGCAGUGACGACUUCAGAGCACGGUUUUGGUACCGGAGAUCAACCACCGACUGAGCCACUUCACUACUAGGGUUCUUGCUUCGAGGACUCUGCCCUCCUCCCCGUGUCCUGUCACCAGCUUCCGUAGUAAGUCAUUGCACCAUCUUUGACAGUUGUGCUGCCACCUCUCUGCAUCCUUCUUGGAUUUGUACAAAAGAAUCUUUUUUUACCUUGAUGUAGAAUCAUGGUGGAAAAAGUUGGAAACACAGAUCUGUGCAGUUGUUCUACAUUCACUGAUUAUUACAGUGUGACUUUCAUCGAUUUUGUAAAUACAGGACUUGCCAUUUCUUUGGAAUCUCUUGAUCGUUUGGAGAAGGAUAAAAUAUUAAAGUGCUUUCUAGAUCUCAAGUGAAUCUGUCAUGAGGAACUUUCAUUUGGUACUUUGUCAACUUCCAUGCCUCUUGCACUGCACUCUUGUAGCUUUCCUUCCAGAUACGGUGGCAUGUGAGCAGGCAUGCGGCUUAGGAUCCAGAGUAUGUGCCAUGUUGAACCAUUUCUGAGACAGUUCUGUCCUAAAAUGAUGACAUUCUGAUAAUAAAGCUCAAGUCUGCAACUUCAGUGUUACAUACUUUUCACUUCAGUAAAAUGAGUGGCCCACGCUCCCUGAAGAGCACUAGGGAUCACGUUAUCGUACCCCCACGUGUUCUUCCAGUGCCAGCAGGAUUUAAUAAAAUUUAGUAAAUGUAUUUCCAAUAAAGUUAUUACAAUUUGAUGAGGAAAAAAAAUAACCAGUCUAAGCAAGAUGAGGGAAACCUGCUGUUGCUCUCAGGUGUUUCUGAGGUAACAAGACUUUUCAGUUCUCUUGAGCAGGACUGUAACUUCUCAUCGCAGAUGCUCAUGGCAGCUGCAUUCUCCAAAGACGUAUAGUGAACCAUCUCAUAGAAGUUCUCUUUUUCUUGAAGUUUUUAGAAGGUGGCAGUAUUUCUUUGGAUUCAGUUCUAUCCGGGUGAGACAACCAUACACUCCCCUCUUACAAACAUAAACUUUGCUUUAUAUUUAUCCCCAAAAACAUACUUCAUGAUCUGGGUAGGAGCACCUAGAAAUGCAGUCUGGGAUCAUUUGAUAAAAAUAGAUAGGUUAAAGUAAAAGUAAUUGCUUUAUAUCAUAGAUAUUUCUUGAAGUUAUUGCACAGAAAUUCUGUUUAGUCAUCAUCCUUGAGGCCUAUUUUAACUCCUUGGUCUAUAUAAAAACCAUUUAACCAUUAAGUAUUCUUUGUUUGUUUUUUGUUACUUUGUUUUUAGAGACAGGGUCUGGCUCUGUUGCCCAGGCUGGUCUUGACCUCCAGUAUUUGAAUUUGGCCAUCUGUGAAUGCUAUUUGAUAAGAUUAGAAAAAAGCUACUUAACAGGAACAAGGAUAACCAGUUCUACCAAAAAUCAUCAAGCAGAACUCCCCACUUUUUCCCUACCUCCCUGUUGCCUUCCACCUAUGAAACCAAGAUUUAAGGCUUCUGUAUCCUGCUCUGGCUAGUGUCCUGAAGUGAACACUGCACUCCUGAUACAAGCUCCAUUGGAUCUUUUCAGUUGUUCAUGAAGUAAAGUAACAGGGCCUAUUAUUUUACAGUUUUUAGACUAAGCAAUGGCUCCAUAGUUUCAGGACUUAACAUUUUGAGAUCAAGGUACUUCUAUGUGUUUCCAAAAUAAGUUGUGGGGAGUUUUUUUGAGGUUUUUGUUUUUGUUUUUUUUUUAAUCUUUUAAAAGUCAAUGUUUUGAGCCGGUUAAGUGCCAAGAAUAUUGAAUGGACUUGGUGUAUUUGUACCACAUAACAUCCAGGCAUUCAAGUGAUAAGUAAACUGGACACAGUGGCACACUCCUGUAUCCCCAGCAAUGAUGGAGGAGACUGAGACAGGAGGAUCGCAAGUUCAAGGCCAGUCUCUGCAACUUAGCAAGAUGCGGUCUCGAAUUUUUAAAAACAAAAAGGACUGGGAAUAUAGCACAGUGGGAGAGCACCCCUGGAUUCAUUCUCUGUACUAGAAAAAGAAAAACAUGAUAAAUAAUAUCUGGUUAGAAUGAGAACAUAUACCGAGUUAUUUUUUUUUUUAAGAAAUGUGAUUUCU